AUUUCUGAAGAAGCGAAACCGGAUGCCCUGCCAACACGGAAUUUCUUAGUGGCAGACUGGCGGAGUUUGGCGCGAACAAUUUUCUGAUUUGGGGAAGUUGUUGCGAAAGAUAAUACACGAACACCUGCAGGAUGGGUACCGAUCAACAUGGCAAGAAAGUCCAAUGCGUACUUUGUCUAACGUCCGAGGAAAAUCGGACAACUGGACCGUUAUCAACGAAAGGUUCUAUCACCGCUCAUCAGAACUGCUUGCUGUAUUCAUCAGGGAUUAUUUGCCAGAAUUCGCCAGAGUUUGACGACUUGUUUGGUUUCUCUGUGGAAGACGUCCUUAACGAGUUGAAAAGGGGAAACAGACUGAUUUGUUACAGAUGUAAGAAGAAGGGUGCCACGGUGGGAUGUGAGGUGAAACGCUGUAAGAAGUCCUACCACUACCCCUGCGCUGUGCGAGAUGGGGCCCAAAACGUCGAUGACCACACAGAAGAGAAGUUUACGUUGUACUGUCUGAAGCAUAAUCUGGCGACAGCAGCAACCAAUGAAACAGUGAGUAGAGCUUUGUCUACCAACGGUGAUUCAGACACAACGAUGAACAACAAUGGAGAAACGUCACCCAAGUCGUUGCAGAAAGAGCUGAAAGGACUUGAUGCAGUGGCCGGAUCCUCAUCUUACCAUAGUGACUCCAACAUGUCUAGUAAACGACGGCAGAAACAAACACCCAAGAGACGGUUGAGCUGCUCUGGCACACCGGAAGUGGAAUCAUCAAAAAAGUCCAGAAAGUGGAGCAGGAUAAUUCAGAACAGUUUCUCAAACUCAGACGGAGUUGUGAAUGGAAUUGACAUGGAGUUAGCCCCUUUGGAGUCUGAUCUAGAAGACAGUGUGUUCUCUGAACACAGAAAUCAUGCUGAGGCUCUCACCAGAGGAUGUCAGCCAGAACCUGAACACAGUGACGAUAGCGAUGGGGACCAAACAGUCAUAGACUCAGAUGCUGAGUCUCAGAGUCUGUUGCUGCCUGUGAUGCUGUGUGUGGUGUCUGAAGAACCCUCUCAGGACCCAAACCUCUCAGUGUGCAGUUCUCAGCCGUGUUCUGUGGCUAGUCCUGGUUCACCUGUCCUCUCUGGUCGACAGGGCAGCUCUCUCACACUUGGUCCCAUCUCAUCUGUCCACUCUGGUCCACUCAAUGUCACCAACACACCUACUCGUACCAGUCCACCAGUCUCACCUGUCCCGCCUGAUUGCCCUAACACCCCUGUGUCCUCUCCACACUCUGUAUCCAAUCAUCCCCUGGCUGGGCCCGGAUGCCUGGGCUCACCUAUUGGUUCUGGCUCUGACUCUGCAGCCAGCAGAGUGUUCUGGAGAAGGUGUAACGAAGCAGGCUGUACACAGUCCAUCUUCACCACCUUCUUCUCUGACAUGGUCAGCAUCUCCAAUAGGAUCCUGUCAGAUAAGGCCAGUCAGGAGGAUUAUGAUCUCUCUCUGAGAGUGAUGGAGGCUUCUGGAAAAUUAUCACAGAUGCUCUCAGAGCAAGAGAGAGAGUUUAAGAAGAAGCAAAUGGAGUUACAGAGCGCUACGGCAGCCAUAAGGGAUGCCAGGUCAGCCCUGAAGAGAUAAGCAGCCCUGCCAGAUCAACUACAACCCCCAUAAUCCACCUUCCCUCAUUCAGUUCAUUGGCAUCACAAGAUUUUAUGGGGUGCAUUAUGCAGCCAUAUUGAGAAUUUGAUUUCACAAUAGUUUUCACGUAGAUCCACUUUCUUACCUUGUCAAUAUUAUAAUCCCCCCCAAAAGUACUGUUGUUGUUUAUACUGUAUGUUCAAACUCCGAGACCGAGAACCAAUUAUGAAACAAGAGGCUGCCAUUUUGCUUGCCAGUAACAAAAGGAUGUUUUACCUUUAAACAAUAUAUAUUUUUAUAUAAAUAUAUAUAUUUCUAUGAAUAAAUCCCAAAAAGUGUUGCUAUUGUGUUGAUAGCAAGUAUACAAAACAUUAAGAACACCUUCUCUUUCCAUGCCAUAGACUGACCAGGUGAAUUCAGGUGAAAGCUAUAAUCCCUUAUUGAUGUCACUUGUUAAAUCCACUUCAAUCAGUGUAGAUGAAGGGGAGGAGACAGGUUAAAGAAGGAUGUUUUAGCCUUGUGACAUGGAUUGUGUAUGUGUGCCAUUCAGAGGGUGAAUGGACAUGGCAAACGAUUUAAGUGCCUUUAAACGGGUAACCACCCAAAUGACAGCCAGCCAAUCAUACUGGUUUGUGUCAAGAACUGCAACAUUGCUGGGUUUUUCACACUCAAAACACUUUCCCGUGUGUAUCAAGAAUGGUCAACCAAUGGUCAGCCAGCUUUACACUACUAUGGAGUCAACAUGGGCCCACAUCCCUGUGAAACUCUUUCGACACCUUGUAGAGUCCAUGCCCUGAUGAAUUGAGGCUGUUCUGAGAGCAAAAGGGGGUGCAACUCAAUAUUGUGUUCCAAAUGUCUAGUAUACUCAGUGUAUAUUUGUAUGUGAAAUUGUUGCAUUGCGUAGUACCUCAAAGCAUUCAUUUCAAUCAUUUUUAUAUCCCGGACUGAAAUUUUUAACAUCUUCUGUACCUAGAACUUCUUAUCUACAUGAUUAGGAUUUAGAGUUAUUCCUAAAUCCUAUGGGUAGGAACAACUUGCAUGUGUCUAAUUGCUCAUCCACUUCUUUUAACCGCACUGUUACAUGUUUCCACACUUUUUAUUCAUUCAGUAAUAAAUGAAGAACCAAA